AUGAGUGAAAGCGAGGGGGCAAUAUCCCAGAUGGCUAAUUUUUGCAAGGUGCGAAAUGCAAUCGCAAAGAGAGUAAACCAGAUAUCCACUCUUUGUGCUGCAAAUUUUGUUACAAUAUGGUUCUCCAUUGGUGGUCAAAUGUAUGUAUCUGGCGAUGAAACUAUAGUUAAUGCUUUUGAAGCAGAAACUAAUGUAGCACCACAAUGCACACUCGAAUGCACUGCUCACAAACCCCCAAGAUUUUUUAAGAUCCGAAAUUGGAGAAACAAGAACAACUCUGCUUCCUCAUCAUCUGCUUCAUCCUACCACAAGGAGAAAGAACAGAAAAAGGGUGUCAAAAGUUUCAUAAACCCCCCUGCUAAUAUGGAUGAGUUUUCAGAUAGGCUCAUUGUGCCUCAACUCGAACAGUUGGAGGAGAAGAUGGAAGAGUUCAGAGAUAUAAUGGCUCAACAGUAUGUCUUCCUAAGCACUCAAUUGAAUGUGUUGGAAUCAUCUGCCAUACAAAAGAUUGGUUAA